CUGAGCCCGGGGGCGGCAUCUCCCAGGACCCUGGGGAAGCAGAGCUGUGAGAACUAGUGAGAACUAGUGAGGCAGCAGGGGGCGGGGCUAGUGCGGUAGAGGCGCAGCGCGCAUGUACAGAGUAUGGAGCCGAGUACCAGCUGACUGGCAGUGUUCUCGGCGCUGCUGUGUAUGUCCUCUCAGAUCGGGGACACGGGCGGCAACAAGCAAUGAACAGUCUCGUGUUUCUCCUCAUAUGGGCCCCCGUGGUCAGCCAGGUACUCUGUGAAUAUGGAAUGGUUCACAUUACAUCGGACAAAAGUGGGGGCAGUGCCAAAGACUACUGCAUUCUUUUUAACUCUGAAUGGGCCCAUCUGCCUCAUGACCUGACCAAAGCUGCCUUGCUCCAUCUUCAUGAUCAGACCACAUCUGUGCUUUGUUCAAUUGCAGAUGUCCCAGAAGGUGGGUUCAGUAACAGUAUACCCAUGGUAAUGCGAGGAAAUUGCACUUUCUAUGAGAAGGUACGACUGGCACAAAUCAAUGGGGCCCGUGGUCUGCUGAUUGUCAGUCAGGACAGGCUGGUCCCUCCUGGAGGUAAUCGUAGCCAGUAUGAAGAGAUUGAUAUUCCUGUGGCACUUCUUAGCUACAGUGAUAUGAUGGAUAUCCGUAAGACAUUUGGCCAGUCGGUGAAAGUGGCUAUGUAUGCACCAAAUGAGCCUGUUGUCGACUAUAAUAUGGUCAUCAUUUUUGUGAUGGCUGUGGGAACUGUGGCUAUUGGUGGCUACUGGGCUGGAAGCAGAGAUGUUAAAAAGACAUACAUGAAACACAAGCGGGAUGAUGGAGCAGAUAAGACACAAGACAAUGAAAUUGUGGAUGUUACUCCUAUCAUGAUCUGCGUGUUUGUGGUUAUGUGCUGCUCCAUGUUGGUUCUUCUCUUCAACUUUUAUGAUCAUUUAGUUUACAUAAUCAUUGGGAUUUUCUGCUUGGCUGCAUCCAUUGGUCUGUAUAGCUGCCUUUCUCCAUUUGUCCGCAGAAUUCCAUGUGGGAAAUGCAGAAUACCAGAUAAUAACCUACCGUACUUUCGCAACCGACCACAUGUCUGGAAGAUCCUAUUAGCAUCCUUCUGUGUAGCUGUCAGUGUGACGUGGGGGGUGUUUAGGAAUGAAGAUCAGUGGGCUUGGAUACUCCAGGAUAUCCUUGGUAUUGCUUUCUGCCUGUAUAUGUUGAAGACCAUCCGUCUGCCCACAUUUAAGGCCUGCACCCUACUCCUGUUUGUUCUCUUUGUAUAUGAUGUGUUCUUCGUAUUCAUCACUCCAUUUUUAACAAAGAAUGGAGAAAGUGUCAUGGUGGAAGUUGCUGCUGGCCCAUCAGAUUCAUCUUCUCAGGAAAAGCUUCCAAUGGUGCUGAAAGUGCCAAGAUUAAACUCCUCCCCAUUGGCUUUGUGUGACAGGCCUUUCUCUCUUUUGGGUUUUGGAGACAUAUUGGUGCCAGGUCUGCUGGUGGCUUAUUGUCAUAGAUUUGACAUUCAGAUUCAGUCAUCUAGAAUCUAUUUUCUAGCUUGCACAGUAGCGUACGGAAUAGGACUUCUUGUGACGUUUGUGGCACUAGCCUUCAUGCAAAGGGGACAACCUGCACUCCUCUAUCUAGUCCCAUGCACACUCCUCACAAGUCUGGCUGUGGCCCUAUGGCGCAAAGAGCUUCCUAUGUUUUGGACGGGUAGCGGCUUUGUGCAGAAAGACCUUCCGAAUCCUAACCUGGUUCUGGCUCCCAGUGGGUUGGAUGUGUGUUUGGGCCAGCACAACGAGACAAAUGAGAAUGAUCCAAACCAAGACGGCUACACUGCAGCAGGGCAAGAGCAAGCAGACCUAGAUAAGGCCACAGUAGAACCUUUGGAGGAACAGCUGUGUCUGGACACAGAGAAGACCCCUGGAAAGCCAGAAGAGGAUCUUUCCCAUGGAUCAGAAAACCUACCUGAAACUCAACUGUCCCCGAAUGAGGACAGCACCAUCUUUGACAACUCAAAAAAACUACUGGAUCAAAAUGUCGAAUGACCUACUAGAAACUCUACUAUGCCUCAUCUUUACCAACCAUACACAGGCAGCACCACAUCCACCUCUGGAUCCAAAGCUGGCUAUUAGCACAGACAUGGAACAGUUUUAUAAUCCCCAACAAGAUAGAACGCAGCCACCACAAAGAAUAAAAUCUAUAAAAGCCGUCUUUGAUUUAGUCAGUCAUUGGUGCUGUUAUUCAAAAUAAAUAAUACUGUAUGACCUAAACAGACGACCAAAACACUAUUGAUUGUUACCUAAAACAUAUAGCUACUCCUUCUGGCUACAAAUCCCUGAUAUUGACUGACAAUUUGUUGGGUAACAAAAACAAUUAGCUAAUGGGAACAUUGAUAUCAGAUAAAAUAACUACGCAAUAUUGUUUCAAUAUUUUAAAAUUACCACUGCAUAUUUCAUUAUAUCCAUGUUAUAUAGUUGGCCCACAUAGAUACAUUUAUCAAUGAAAUUCAUCCUAUUUCAUUCAAAUGCCAAGGAUAAAUACAUUGUCAACAAAUAAUCAUUAAAUAAAAUUCAUUAGUUAAAGUCCAUUAUGUGGUCGUUUAGACAGUAACUAUAAAGCAGAAGUGUGGAAAUAUCACACCUGUAAUAAAAUCCCUACAGCUCAACAAUGUUGGUAAGGAUAGCCAGUCAUUUUAUCCAGUAUGUCUGAGUGUGACACUGUGUAAGCCGUACCCAUUGACCUUGGCCCUGACCCGUGGCCUCGGUCAGUAGUGCUCUGGAGCACAGCCUGAUAUUCCAGCUACCUCCACAAUGCUCGGUGAGACCCCAGGCAAAAGCAGGGUGACCACCUGUGAGGAUUCAUGAACAGAGCGCUGGUAUGAUCGUAUUGCAAACUAAAGUAACUGCACGUCUCUUCAGUAUUUUUUAUUUUUAUUGCAGGACUUUUAUCUUAAUAUACUGCUAAUAUAAUGGCAAAAUGAAAAUGUUUCCUGCCUACAAGGACAUUGCGGUAAUAUAGUUACCCAUCAUAUUAACACUUUAAAGUAAAAAAAAAAAAAAAAAUGCAUUUAUAAGAACGAAAAAAACAGUGGAUUGUUUGAAUUUUCACUAUAUAUAUUGUUGCGUGUGUAUGUUACACACUACAGAUGCUUUUAAUUAUUGUAAUAUAAUUACCUUGGUAGCUAGCACGCUACUUGGGUUGAGCAGGAGAUUGUGAAUAAAGACUUUCUUCUUUUUUGCA